AUGAGUGAAGCUGAUAUUCUUAAAGAUUUCAAAGGUUCAAUGACUUUGGACACCGAAGCAAAUAUUCUAUCUAGCGCAGGUACAUUACAAUCAGAAGGAAAAGAUUUUGCAAAGACAAUUCUAUCGAUGUUACAAGAUGUCAACUUUAUCACUACAUCUACCAAACAAGAUUUUAAGAGAUUAUCAAAUCAAACCUUUGUAAUCACUAUUUCAAACAAUAAGAUAUUCGUUGUUGUACAAUAA